AUGGAUAUGCUGUUACCAGAAUGUAAUGAAGCUACGAUCAAAAGAACUCUUAAGUUCUUCACAGAAGUAGAACUUUGGUCUUUUGAAAGUUUCGUUGAACAAAUCCUAGAAGUGCUUCUCUUUUUCGACAGAGGAAACACAACACUCUUUAACAUGAUGCUCACUGAUAUCCACUACGUGCUGUUCGUCGACGUGAAGUCCGUGACCAGACAUCGUAUGAGGGUCUUGUACAAUUUACUCAAAAGUUCUAAUUGGGUAAUUGAAAAUAAUAAACUGUUGCCCUUCGUCACACGCAUGUUAGAUUUUUUCACUUACAGCGUAUCAAAAGAUGACGGUAAAAUGGCACAAUAUACAUAUCUUAGAAAAGGUUUCGAAGUAUGUCUGCGUCGAAUCUUUGAAAGAGUGGAGAACAAGCAUCAUCAUGCUGUAGAAUUUUAUCAAGUGGGUGUAUAUAGAGAAAGUUUCAGUCAAGGAUUGAUUGAACACGUCUUAGUGAAUUUAGUAGGAUCUAAGAAUGCCACCAACAGUCUUGUUGGUUGUCGACUAAUACUAAAAUUUUUAGAUCGCAAGCACAAUUCUGAAUUUCUUGUAAUUCCAACGUUGUUCUAUGAAUUUUCACAGGUGAGACUGAAGGUUGGUAAUUAUGAUGUUAAAGACAAACUUUUUAUUCGAUAUCACCGAGAAAAGCUAUCAAAUAACCUGUUGAAGGCGAUUAGAAGACACGGCACAAAUAUUGUGAAUCUGAAAACUAUAUACGCUAUAGUGUGCUGUGUGGUGCUGGAAGUACCAUGCGGGCUGACGGCUGCAGCCGCCGCUUGUAUUGUGAUGGCCAUACAAGACCAGGCUCUGAAUGGCGAGAAUAUCCCGGCGCCCUGCAGAUAUUGGCUGCAUGCCGUCGUCGUGUCUGUCAUGUCCCUGAUAUGCUGGGUCCACAAAGCGCCUGUGCUGUAUACGUACGUGAACCAUAUUGUGGCACGCCGAGCGAAGGAGGCUCCACAACUAAACCCACCGUUGAUGUACUUUUACAAAAUUGGCCGGCACCACGUCACUUGGAAUAAACCGACUUUGUUUUUUGAAGAUUGGGAGUUACGUUAUGCGCUUUGGAAACAUUUCCAAGAAACUCGGAUCCUGAUUUGCCUUGCAGCACUUUUGGUGUUUUUGGUUGUGAAGAUAGAAGGACGUAACAAGAAGGUGGUGAUCCACGUCCCGGUGAAAGUGAAGAAGAUAAAGCACACGCACACGGUGUACAAAACCAUCCAUCAUCACCACAAGCACCGCGACCCUCACAUGGACCACACACUCAUGGGUUCCGAGGAACAUGAGCAUUUCCACCACUUCCACAUACACGAUGACUCACCAGUAGGUCAACACAGUCAGCCGGCUCCCGGAGUCGGGAUCCCAGAAUUCCUACCGGAUAGCCUCUUGGAUGUUCCGCUUCAAAUUCCUGAUGUACCCCCCCAUGAGAUUCCCGGUUUGCCAAACCGACAUAUUGUUCCCCUCUAUAGAAGAAUUUAG